AUGGCCGCCCACCACUGCUUCGGCGCCGGCGCCGACGAGCGGCGCAAGUGGCUCUCCAAGGAGGCCAAAGCGGAGCUCGAGGGCGUCGUCAAUUACAUCGCCACGCCCGGCAAGGGCAUCAGCGCCUGCGACGAGAGCGGCCGCACCAUCAACCCGCGCCUCGAGGCCGUGGGCCUGACGCCGUCCGAGGAGCUGCGCCGCUGCUACCGCCAGACGCUCUUCGACGCUCCCGGCGCGCCCGACUACCUCACGGCCGUCAUCCUCGACCCGGAGACCGUGAAGCAGUGCGCCGACGACGGCACGCCGUUCCCCGCGCUGCUGAAGAAGCGCGGCUUGCUGCCCGGCGUCAAGCCGUCGCUCACGGUCUACAAGCUGCCCGGCACGUCCGGCGAGACGUGCAUGCAGGGCCUCGACGGCCUCGCGCUGCGCUGCCGCGAGUACAAGGCCGCGGGCUGCACCUUCGCCAAGUGGCGGUCGCCGCUGACCAUCGACGUCGCCCAGGGCACGCCGUCGGCGCUGGCCAUCGAGACGAACAUGCGCGACCUCGCCCGCUACGCGUUGAUCUGCCAGGCCGAGGGGCUCGUGCCCAUCGUCGAACCGGACCUCGUCUUGAAGGGGGACCACUCCCUCGAAGACGCCGUGGAGGCCAACGCGCGCGUCAACAUGGAGUUGUUCCGCGCGUGCGCGGACUACGGCGUGUACCUGGAAGGGUGCAUCCUGAAGACGAAUCUGGUGAACGCGGGCAAGGACGGGGCGACGGAGUAUUCGUUGGAGGACAUCGCCGACGCGAACUUGAGGAUGCUCCGGCGCGUGCUGCCCGUGGCGGUCAAGACCGUGAACUACCUCUCGGGAGGUCAGGAUUUGGAGCAGGCGUCGUCGCGGCUCGCGGCGAUCAACGACCUCAAGAAGAAGCGCGGCGGCGACAAGUACGCGCCCUGGAACCUGUCCUUCUCCUGGUCCGCGUGCAUCCAGCUCCCCAUCUUCCAGCUCUGCAAGACGGAGACGGCCGACGCGUCGGGCCUCCCGCGCGCGGCCAUGCAGGCGCUCUACGUGAAGAACCUGGCCGUCGCGCGCGACGCCGCGUUGGGCAAGCACGCCGCGCUGCCCAAGAAGGGGUGGGCGACCGCGCUCGGCUUCUCGAGCGCCUUCUCGAGGCGCCAGAAGGCCUCGGCCGUCGUGAACUCGUGGAGCCGCGACGACUGCCAGUCGUUCUUCUUCGCCGGGCGCAUGCCGCGGCCCCAGAACGUCCACCACAUCAAGCGCAAGCGGCCCGACGCCAUGGCCGCGCUCCUCGACAAGAAGCUCGUGGACAAGGUCGAGCGCCUCAAGGCCGACGCGAACCGGUCCCUCAUGGAGAAGCGGCCCAUCGAGGCCUGCGGCAUCUACGCCGAGGCCAUCGCCAUCCAGCCGAGCGCCGUGCUCCACAGCAACCGCGCGGCCGCGCGAUCGACGACGCGGACGCGGCGCUCGACGCUCGACGGGACCUACGCCAAGGCCUGGUACCGCAAGGCCAAGGCCCUCUGCGAGGACCGCCAGUUCGACGCCGCCGACGCGACGCUCGACGGCGCGUUCGAGGCUAUCCCGGCGAAGGCCAUCGCGCGGGAGAAGUCCCUCGACGAGCUCGAGAAGCUCCGGGACCACGUGGAGCAGAAGCGCGACGAGGCCGCCGGCGCGCCGUCCAUCAAGCACUUCGAGGUCAUCGAGGAGCUCGGCAACGGCAACUACUCGUCGAUCUAUCGCGCGAAGCGCAAGGCCGACGGCCAGACUUUUGCUCUAAAGCUCGUCGAGAAGGCCCAGGUCGACAAGAUCAAGAAGCGCCACCCGAACGUGCACAACGAGAUCAAGAUGGAGAAGCGGGCGCUGGCGAAGCUCCAGGACGGCCCGCGCGGCGAGCACCCGAAUUUGAUCAAGAUGUUCCGCACGUUCCAGGACUACUACACGCUCUACUACAUGAUGGAGCUCUGCGAGGGCGGCGAGAUGUGGGCCCAGACGCUGAGCCCCGACGGCGCGCGCGCCGGCGUGCCCGUGCACCACAGCCUCGCGCGCUUCUGGGUGUCGGAAUUGGUCGACGCCGUCGAGCACGUGCACGCGUGCGGUCUGGUGCACCGCGACAUCAAGCCCGAGAACAUGAUGCUCACGGCCGACGGCCACGUGAAGCUGAUCGACUUUGGGACGGCGAAGGAUUUGGUGGACACGGAUCUGAACGGGCCCGAGUUCGUGGGCACGCCCGAGUUCAUGGCGCCCGAGAUGGUCGAGUCGAAGUCGACGACGAGCUACGCGGCGGACCUCUGGGCCGUGGGCAUCGUCGCCUACCAGCUUGUGUGCGGCGUCGGCCCCUACAAGGCCCAGAGCCCCUACUUUAGCUUCCUGCGCAUCAAGCGGGCCGUCGCGCGCGACACGUUCCCGGAGAUCCUGCGGAUCUCGCCCGCGGGCGACUUCGUGGGCGCGCUGCUCCGCGAGGACCCGGCGUCGCGCCUCGGAGCGACCGCGGCGCCCGGCGACUUGUCGGCGCUGCGAAAGACCGCCUGGCUCGCGCCCGAGUACGCCGCGUCGCCCGAUCCGAACAAACGGGCGGCCGCGGCCGCGACGAAGAUCCCGACGCUCGCGGAGCUCGCGCUGCGGGCCGUCGGCGACCUCGCGGAGCGCGCGGACUACGCGGAGAAGCGCCUGGGGCCGUCGGCGACGACCGCGGCCCUCGACGGGUCGGGGAAGCUCGUGCCCUGGCUCACGGCCGUCGAGCGCGCGACGCUCCGCCGCUACCUGGAGCGCGUCGGCGCGCUGAAGACUUUGAAGGUCCACCGCCUCCUCUACGACUCGCCCGCGGAGAGCAAGUACGACGCGCCGACCGCGUUCGUCGUCAUGGGCCAGCCCCGCGUGGGCCGCAAGGCGCGGCUGAAGAAGCUCGACCCGGCGGACCCGGCGUCGCUGGACCACGAGCUCGCCCAGAUCCGGCGCGCCGUGUCCGCCGUCAACCGCCUGCGGCCGCCGUUCUUGUUCGUCGCGGGCAACCUGGUCGCCUACGAGGUCGGCGAGGCGGGCCGCGCGGUCGCGCUCGACAAGUUCAAGAAGACCAUGGCGCGCGUCUCCGAGACGAUCCCGACCAUGUACGUCUGCGGCAAGUUGGACGCGCCGGACAGGGCGUCGCUCGACGCCUACGAGGCGACGUUCGGGUCCAGCUUCUAUUCUUUUUGGAAGAACGGGGCCAAGUACGUCGUCCUCAACUCGACGCUCUUCGACCUGGAUCCGGCGUUGGACGACCGCGCGGCGCUCCAGGCGCGCUGGCUCGACGAGGAGCUCGAGCUGGGCAAGAUCGGCAGCCACACCAAUAUUUUCGUGUCGUUCGAGGCGCCCGUGCGCGACAAGAGAGACUUGGCCGACCCGAAGCGCCGCGCGUGGGCGAAGAAGAUCCUGAGCCACCGCGUCGACGGCUGGCUCUGCGGCGCGGGCGAGGAGCCCUUCUCGAAGCUGAUCCACGCGCGCGACGUCCUCGCGGCCGACGGCGGCGCGAAGCCCAAGGUCCCGAAGCCCAAGCCGCUCGUCGUCGCGCCGAAGAAGCGGGUUAUCGAAGACGGCGACGACGACGACGCGCCGCGCCUCGACGACGACGCGUCCGAGGACGACGACUCGGAGAGCGACGCGUCCUACGAGUCGGACAGCGACGAGCCCGAGGACGACAAGAUGGCGCUCGUCUGCGGCACGCCGCCCGUGGCCGGUGGCGUCGGCGAGGACGAGCCCGUGCCCGCGGGCCUGCGCCUCGUCACCGUCUACGAGUCCCACUUCGACUCCAAGUUCUACGAGCUCGAGAAGGUCCCGGGCUCCAUCGCGAACAUCAAGGAGCGCGAGCCGCCGCUCAAGUGGCACUAGCCGGCUCUGUUUUUUUUGGGGGGACGCGUUACUUCGAGGGUGCG